AUGCACCUCACAACUCUCCUCACGGGCCUUGUCUCCCUCCUGUCUGUCACCACCGCCAUCCCAGUGGGGAACGAUAUCCCAACUCCCGCAUCCUCCGUAUCCAAGUCUCUCAUCUCACCCUCGAGCUCUGCCUCAGCCUCAGCUUCGGCUACCCCCUCGCCCAACCCCUACGAGGCCUACACAUGCCCCGAGGGCCAGUCUAAGUCCUGCUGCAUGUCAGUUCAGCAGGCGAGCGGGGAAAUCACCAAGGGGCUCGGCGAGUUAGUCCCAAUCGUCAGCGGGCUGCAGGUUAGCUCGGCUAUAUCUUUCCAGUGCAAGAGCAUGGCUGAAAAAGAGGCUCCUGAUACAUGCAACGGGAAGGGUUAUUCCCCCAUGUGCUGCAGUAACAGAAUUGAUGGUUCUGCCUUCAACUCCUGCAAGUCUUUCGAGGAAGUUAAGAAGACUUACUAUGCGAAUCAGAUGGGGCAUAAACCGGAGACGCAGGCUGAUAUGAUCAUGGACAUUCUCACUUAA